CAAAUAUCCCAUUGCAAAACACGACAAGAAGUUGAAGGCCCGGCAUCUCUGGCAAGAGCAACCGUCCUUAAAAUUUGGACUGCCCGAGCUCGCCACAGCUUACUCUCCGCUGCAACCACCCCAAAGCAUGUCUGCAGCGCCGAGGAGACCGAAGAGUCGUUCCCAGCAGACAACACCAAAUAGCCACCAAAGGGAUCAGAAUCACGCGCACAGGGUUGGCGGGAACGCGGUGCCGUCGUCGUUUUCGAUUUCGUCUGCGCCGCGGCGCAAGAAACACCGCAUCCGUUCGUUGGUUGUAGCGGCCGUUGUAUUGGUUCUGUGUGCGUACCUCCUAUGGCUAGGCAUUUCGCUGGUCUUCGUUCUGAAGCUCUCCUCCGAAUCACGGAACAAAAACAAUCGCGUCCACUCGGGGAUUUCUCCUAUCAGCAAGCAGCGGCAGUUUACCGAUACCAGCCUUCACAAGUUGAAACAAACGCGAGCGGAUGAGAACGUCAAAUCGAAUGCAGGUGGAAAGGGCGACGACAGCAGUCCCCAGGAUGCUCCCUAUAAAAUUGUUCACAGCCUGACCACUCGUUUCAUGCUGGGCCAAAAAGGCCAGCCCGUCCUGGCACGGGCCAGGUACCUCCUCUUCGAGACCUUUUGCCAGCCGACCGUCCGAUACCAAACUGCUCUCAGAGCCAAAGGCUACGAUUUUUCGUGGUUCGUCUUUGUCGAUCCAGGCAUCGAUCCGGCCGUCAUCGAGGACAUGCGGGCUCUUCUAACCCCAUCGACGGACGGCGAGGGAGAUCCGAGGUUUCCGGACGGAAACGCCUAUCUGAUCCUCACGGACAACCCGUCCUGGGCCGCGGACGGAAUAGGGGUGCCCGGGGUCACCUCCUAUGGAGCAGGAUUCCAGGAGGUUGCGCGGGCCGUCCGGGACGGGACCGUGGAACUUCUCACCGGGGAUGCGACGAGGCUGGUGGAGACGCUGGAGCGGGACGUUGAGGGAGGCGGGGGGAACGACCAAACCCCCACCAUGCUCAUUGAGACGAUGUUGGAUGCCGACGAUGGCCUGAACAACCGGGCGAUCGAAUGGAUCCAGGACCUGGCCGUGGGACAUGUACGGAAACAGCAAGGCCUGGAAACCGCAAGAACAACCACACCAUCCCUGGACUCUACCUGGUGGUUGUUGUGUGGGACAGACCACAUCGAAUGGCACAACCGAGACAUUUUCCGGCUGACCGAAACGCAGUACCAGAAACACGGAUUGUCGAGCGGCAUCGUUGGCCUGCGCCACGCACCACACUACUGCGCUUCGGCCGGGUUCACCCGGGUGGGCCUGACGACGAAAGCAGCUGCGGGUGGGAACAACGAAGCAGAACCACCGCUUCUUUCUUUCCCUCAGGUCGCUUAUAGCAACCAUGCACUGGCGACGGAGGAGUUCGAUCUCUGCAACGACGGAGAGGGAGGGGAUCCCAAGAUUUCCCUGGCAAAAUGCUUCCGGAGGGACUUUGAGGGCUUGAACUAUGUCCUCAAGUCAAGGAGCAUCACGUCAGACAGCAUGGACCACAUGGAUCCGAGGAACAAAGACUACCGCGACCUUCCAUGGGAAAGCAAAGAAGAGCACCCCCUGCUGGCGCUGGACGCACCGGAACAGAUGUGGGGGAUCGUCCGGGACGAGUUUUCCAUCGAUCAGAAGAAGGCGCGGGAGACAAGCGUGUACCUAAGAGAGAACCUCGCUUCGAUUCUCAAGGAAAAUAGAGACAGCCGUUGCGCCCCCGGCUUUCCGUGCCGGGAGGUUGCUGACGUGGCCUUUAAGAAGAUGACCGCUCACAUCCACCGCCUUAACAAGUUCGAUCGAGCCGAAGCUGCUAAGCAGAAUGGGAAGUAAAGCCUGAGUGUAUGGCACGCGAUGAAAAGGGAGAAUACGAAUCGGGCGAGGCAAUGACA